AAGCAAAGCUGCCGGCCCGCUAAUAGAGUCUCAGCUACAGUCCGGCUUUUGUGCGCUCGCCGCUGAUCACCCUGCUGGGCAUACCUUUACCUCUCUUUCGCCUAAUUCUUCCGUGUCUUUUUCAAGCCCCGACUCACCAGUUUCACAGUUUUAUCUUCCUUGCCCUUUAACUCUCACCUUCCUUCGCAGAUCAGCAUGCAGGAAAAAGACGCCUCCCCACACGGUUUCCUGCCUAGGUUCCAACAUUUCGCUACGCAGGCCAUCCAUGUGGGCCAGGAACCAGAGCAAUGGACUUCCCACGCUGUAGUGCCUCCCAUCUCACUGUCCACCACGUUCAAGCAAGGGGCUCCUGGCCGGCACUUGGGUUUUGAGUACAGCCGUUCUGGAAAUCCCACCAGGAAUUGCUUGGAAAAAGCAGUGGCAGCACUGGAUGGGGCUAAGUACAGUUUGGCCUUUGCUUCAGGUUUAGCAGCCACUGUGACUGUUACCCAUCUCUUAAAAGCAGGAGACCAAAUUAUUUGUAUGGAUGAUGUGUAUGGAGGUACAAACAGGUACUUCAGGCAGGUGGCAACUGAAUUUGGAUUAAAGAUUUCUUUUGUUGAUUGUUCAAAAACCAAAUUGUUAGAGGCAGCUAUUACUCCAGAAACCAAGCUUGUUUGGAUUGAAACUCCCACAAACCCUAUCUUGAAGAUGAUUGACAUUGAAGCCUGUGCACAUACUGUCCAUAAACAUGGAGACAUUAUUUUGGUCGUGGAUAACACUUUUAUGUCGGCAUAUUUCCAGCGGCCUUUGGCUCUGGGAGCUGAUAUUUGUAUGUAUUCAGCAACAAAAUAUAUGAAUGGCCACAGUGAUGUUGUGAUGGGCUUAGUGUCACUUAAUUCUGAGAGGCUUCAUGAUAGGCUCCGAUUCUUGCAAAAUUCUCUUGGAGCAGUUCCAUCUCCUAUUGACUGUUACCUCUGCAAUCGAGGUCUGAAGACUCUACAAAUCCGCAUGGAGAAGCAUUUCGAAAAUGGAAUGGCAGUUGCUCAGUUUUUGGAGUCGAAUCCUUGGGUAGAAAAGGUUAUUUAUCCCGGACUGCCCUCUCAUCCUCAGCAUGAGCUGGCAAAGCGUCAGUGCACAGGUUGCCCAGGGAUGAUCACCUUUUAUAUCAAGGGCUCCCUUCAACAUGCUGAGACUUUCCUCAAGAACCUAAAGCUAUUUACACUGGCUGAGAGCUUAGGAGGAUAUGAAAGUCUUGCUGAGCUUCCGGCAAUCAUGACCCAUGCUUCAGUGCCUAAGAGCGACAGAGAAGUCCUUGGAAUUAGUGACACACUGAUUCGACUCUCUGUGGGCUUAGAGGAUAAACAAGACCUACUGGAUGAUCUAGAUCAAGCUUUGAAGGCAGCACACUCUCCAAAUGCAAGUCACAACUAGCAUUCCAGAACUGCUAUUAGAGGUUGCUUCCUGCAAAAAGAUCAAAACUUCUGAAUAAUUGAAUGGACCAUUAAAGAGCCUUUGCAGAGUUUUCAAGUGAAAAUUUUAAGGGACUUUAUUACCUUUCACAACUGUAAUCUUCCUGGUAUCAUUCCUGUUAAAAAGUUUCCUCUUUCCCAUAUUGUAAUUGACAAGUCAAUUCUGUUAAGAUCUUUUUGUUAAUUUGGAUAUACAUUUGCCUCUGAAGGAGGUGAGAUUUGUGCUGCUGUUGGGGAUUGUGUUCUUUUUUUCAAGCUUAAGAUUUAUAUUGAUCAUGUUUACAAUAUAAUGGCAUUUCAUUUUUCAUGUUUUCUGAGGAAUUUAAAUUAUUAAAUGAAUGUUCUUAAAUCAAGGGUGAUUUUGUAUAUUGUUGAAAAUUGCACUCAAAGCAAUGGUUUACACUUAAUUACCAUAAGCCAAAAAUCAAAUAUCUGAAAAGUCUGUGAAAUUUUACUGAUUUAAGGUUGUACUUACUAUUUUUUUAAAAAAUAAAUCUAAUUAUCAAAUGUA